GUAUUCGAAUUUCGAGGUUGCAUUCCUGGUCAUUUCUUAUUGGCUCAAUGCACGUUACGUCACUACACGUGAUGUCAUCAUGCGCAAUGGUACACCUUUAUAUUUACAUCAUGGACUCUACUACACUCUACUACUUGCGCGCUACGCGCAAAAAGUUCGAUUUCCUCCUCUCUUAUUUCGUGGUGCUAUCGUAAACAAAUUCGUUGAUACAUAAUCUACAUUUUUGUUUAAACAACAAAGUGUGAAAAUGAGAAAGCACGGCUGAAUACGUGCAAGUAAAACUGAAAAUAAGCUGUACUUGCCGGGAAACGGAUGGAGGUUGCUCGCAGUUAUUACUGCGUUAUAGGUUAAAUUUGGAGUGAGAAAAAGGGGAAGAGGAAGAAAAGAGAGCAAUAUCGAGUGUUUCUACACAUUCAGGAUGACGUUACCCGGUAUCGGGGUAUUCGGCACAGGUAGUAUCGUCCGAAUCAUCAUACCUUUCCUGAGAGAGAAGGGCUUCAGAAUCGAGGCUAUAUGGGGUCGUACGCUAGCAGAGGUCUCGGAAGUAGCGAGCGAUCUUCAAAUACCAUUUCACACCAGUCGUAUAGAUGACGUUCUCCUGAGGAAGGAUGUAGACUUAAUUUUCAUAAUGUGCUCGCCGAGCUUGCAUUCUCAGAUUGCUGUCAAAGCCCUAGGCAUAGGAAAGCAUGUUGUAUGCGACAGGCCUGCGGGUCUGAGUCAAAGCGAGACCUUGAAGAUGGUGCGGGCCGCCCAGUAUUAUCCUUCACUGAUCAGCAUAGUCAAUCACAGCCUAAGGUUUUUGCCAGCCUUCGUACACAUGAAGAAAGCAUUAGAAGACGGGUAUCUGGGUGGAUCUGUAACAGUUAUAGAAGUACGAGUACAUAUGGGAAGUUUGUUACACAAUGGCUACGAUUGGCUAUGUGACGACACGAUGGGUGGCGGAAUCUUGGCAUUGGUGGGCAGUCACGUUAUAGAUUUGAUUUUUCAUUUGAUGGGUCAACGAGCUUCGCGGGUGCAUGCCGUUGUGAGAACAUUUACUCAAACAACCAAGUACAUUAAUGGGAUCAGGCAUGUCACGUCGCCGGAUUUCUGUAGCUUUCAAAUGGAAUUGAGUGGCGGUACCUUGGUAACGGCUACUCUAAGCAACCACCUGCAGGGACAGCUCUCCCAGGAGGUGCUGGUAUGCGGUGGUGGAAAUCAUCUGGUUGUGCGAGGUGGGGACUUGUACGGAUGUCGCGGCGAACAAGAGGAAAUCCUGUAUCGUGAUACCGAUGACUUGCAAGGAAUAUCUUUACCAAUGGCGGACUCCAUACCCAGGCCUUAUGUCAAAGGACUUAGGAAAAUGAUAGCGGCGCUGAGAGAAGCCUUCCAAUCUGUUGAGGAUAAAAGAGGUUGGAUUAAAGAGCCAGUGUUCUCCGCUUCUACAUUCGAAGAUGGCCUGUACGUGCAAGCUGUUAUUGACGCGCUGCGACAAAGUAACAAACAGCGUGGAUGGGCCAAAGUUAACAUCCUGACAGAAGAGCCGGAUCCGAAUCCGUUGUUGAGCGCUGCUGUCAGAGCUACAGCCAUCUCGAUAUAAAAGUCUGCUUUGCAAAAGCUUUUCGUUACUGAUGAAAAGCUCUGUUGUACUGCUAUACAUUUGAUAUACAUAGAAAUUGUACACUGAUACAUUAAUUGUGAGAAAUAAUAUUUAAGGCAGCUAUCUUA